AUGGAUAUUCGUUAUGGGUUCAAUAAGUAAUUGAAGAUUGGAAAGUACAAAAUAUUGGAGAUUAUAGGUCAAGGAAGUGAAGGAAAGGUAUAUAAGGUAGAAUAUGCAAAAUAAGCAUUUGCUUUGAAAUAGAUAAAACCAAUGUUCAAAGUGAAUUUGGAAAUUUAUGAAAAUAUAAAGGAGAAUGACAAUCUAGUAUAAUUUAUUGAAACUUUUAAUCACAAUCAAAAUUCUUAUGAAGUUUUUGAAUUUUGUGAAGGUGGAAAUUUAUCAUAGCUCUUACAAAAAUAAUAAUUCAACAAAAAUUCUAUAAUAUAAUUUAUCAAAUAAUUUUGUAAUGGAUAUAAGGAAUUAUAUAGAAACAAUAUUAUUCAUCGAGAUAUCAAGCCAGAAAAUAUUGUGUUUAAAAAUAAUAAAGCUAAAAUAGCAGAUUUUGGAUUUGCAAGAUUUGUUCUUAAUCCUGAUAUAAAGUAAGAAUUGUCAAUUAGAUGCACACCAUUAUAUGCUUCUCCUUAACUUUUAGAAGGAUAUUUCUCUUCUAAAUGUGAUGUAUGGUCUUUUGGUUUGAUUCUGUAUAAAAUGGUAUAUGGAUCCUUACCGAACGAAAAAAUAAAAGGUUUAAGUGAACUAUAAGAUUUCUUUUAAGAUCUGAAACAUAAUAGAGUUCAUUUUCCUGAGAAUGAUAUGCCAUCUGUAGUAACACUUAUAAAAUAGAUGCUUAGAUAUUCUGAAGAUGAUAGAAUAACUUGGGUAUAAAUAUUUGAACAUCCUUUGAUUAGAUAGAACGAUUAACAUGAUUUGUAAGUAUAUUCACCUAGAAGUAUUGAAGAAUUCAAUAUGUUGAUAUAUUUUGAGAACAAAAUCUAUUAAUUAUAAUUAUUUAAUUCCUUAAUUAGUAAUUAAGAAAGCGAUCUUGAAUAAAUAUUAAUAAUUUUAAAUUUAUGGUUAAGUUAUAUUCUCAAAUUGAAUGGUGAAAUUAAUGGGUCGAUUAUUAUCAAAUCUUUAGAAUAGAAGUAAUAAAGUAAAUUAUAAUAUAAAUUUAGUAUUUAUAAAUGGAAGUCAAGCAAAACGUUUAAGAAAUGUAAUCAAAGAAUAUCUAAAAAUGGUUGAAAAUUAAAUAAAAUUUAUCAAUUUUUUGGAUUAAUAAAAAUGUGCUAAUUUCUAUAUGAAGAAUCAAAACUAUCCUAAAUUGAAUGGCCUUGAAUAGAAAGAGUACAUAGAAUCAUUAAAUUGUUCAUAAGAUUUAAAAGAAUAAUUAAAAUAGAUUUUCAAAAGUUGA